UUUAUUUAUUUAUUUAUUUACUUUAUUUUGAUCUUAUUACUCGUUUUGAAAUGAGUCAGUAUUGCGGUGCGCCACGGUUGCUCCUCCAGACCGCUGGGGGGCGCUGUGUCUGACUCGCCCCAGCUCGAGUCGUCCCGUUCUCGGCUUCUGCGCCGCUGCGGUGUCGCUGUCCAGUACUGAACGUUCAGGACCGCGAGAGGAGGACAGCGCCCGAUCCUCCGACAAAAACAUAGCAGACCGCAUCAGAACCGCUUCAGCCGGCCUCAUCUACCACAGAGCGCUGUGGCCAUGUACGAUGGGGCGAGGGUUCCCUCCCCUGAGGAUGCUGCUAACGGGGUCCCACUGCAGCCCGAGACCCCCGCGGCCACACAUCCCAAAACUAACGAGGAGCCGGAGGAGAAAGAGGGCGUCCCACCUGAGCCCGUCCUGGUGAAAAAGGCUCACCGUGAGAUUCUGGACCAUGAGAGGAAGAGGAGGGUGGAGCUGAAAUGCAUGGAGCUUCAGGAGAUGAUGGAGGAACAGGGGUAUUCCGAAGAAGAAAUCCGGCAGAAGGUUGGAACGUUUCGGCAGAUGCUGAUGGAGAAGGAGGGUGUGAUAACUCGAGAAGGCUUGCACCCACGUCCACCGGUCAGGCUGCUUCCUCACGGGGAUGAAGAUCAUGUGGAAAACGCUGCAUACAUUGACGGCUAUGAGGAAGACUAUGAUUGGGAUGGAGAAUAUUACAAGCAAGAUUCAGCUGCCUAUGACGAGUGCAGAUCCAAGAGGAUAUCCAGCAGUUCACCUUCCCCUCGGCCAAAGAAGAGGAAAAAGAAGAAGGCAAGAAGACACAGUCGAGCUGACAACCCAUCUCCAACCCGAAGAGACAAGAGGAAGAAAAGUGGAAAGAAACACAAGAGAGACAGGUCCACAUCUGGCUCAAGGAGGAAGAGGAGACACAGAUCUGGGAGCCCCAAAAACAAACACAAAGACAAGAACAAACAGAAGAAGAGGUGUUCAGUGGAGUCUCCCAGCAGGAGUUCUCAGCACAGAGGCAGCUGUUGUAGUUCCCGAAGCGGAUCCGUCUCCUCCACCACCAGCGUCUCCAAAUCACCCAGCAGAUCAAAUGCAAAGUGCAGGAACGAUAGGCACAAACAGGAAGGAAGUCACUCUAGCCACAGCCCACCGCCGUCCCUCAGCGCUGACCAGCCAAUCACGUGUCUGAACGGCAACCACAGCGUCCGUGUCCGCAACGGCAAAGAUUCGAGAGCCAAUCACACGGAGGGGAAUAAAGGGAACGAUAAGCUUCGCUCUCUGGCUCCGUCUCCCUCGAGCGUGCAGAUGCAUGUGUCGCCUCAUCUAAGAUGUGCUAAACCACACGUCGACCGUCCCAAGAGUCCUGGAGCACCAGAGGAGGACGGAUGCACAGACGACAGCAAACCGCUCUCAGAGUCGAUGAGGAGACACGGCGGGAGGCCAAGGGUUCGAGAGAUCAACUCACCGGCGCACAGCAGCGACACUGAGUCACACACAAAAACCAAGAAUCAGAAGAAAAGGAAAGGGUCUCAUUCAUCUAAGCGGCUCCAUCGUGGACGCGGACAGAAGCGCCACCGGAGCUCCUCCAUGUCGCCGGGUCGGCACAGACACACGACCAAGAAGAAGAAGAGCAAGAGUCACGGGACGACCCGGCAGAGGAGCAGCUCCUGGAGCAGCGGGAGGUCAUCGUCACGAGCUCAUUCUAGAGAACACAGAUCCAGCAAGAACAAAUCACCACACGUCCGGCAGAACAACUCCAGGGAGAGAGACAGUCCUCAUCACUCGGAUGCAGAACGAUCUCGCCGGCACUCACGCAGUUAUUCUCCCAUCCGCAAGAGACGGAGAGACUCGCCCAGCUUCAUGGAAGCCCGCAGGAUCACCAGUGCACGAAAGCGUCCCAUCCCGUACUACCGGCCGAGCCCGUCCUCUUCCAGCUCGGCCAGCAGCUACAGCAGCUCGAGUCGCAGUCGCAGUCGCAGUCGCAGUUACUCCAGCUGCAGCAGCUCCAGUCGCAGUCGCAGUCGCUCCAGGAGCCCGAGUCCUGCGCACAGUUACUACAGCCGAAGCAGCUCCGACAGCCCCGGAUUCUGAGACCCAGAGAAGUGACUUUUAAAAUAAUAACAGUAGUGAAGAGUGGAUUUGAGCGAAGUGUGAACAAAAGCAUUUUAGGAUGUAAAUUAAUGCAAAUGAUAUAUUUGAUGUUACACUGUAAAACACAGGCAGUCUGUACAGAUUAAAAUCAGCCGCUUUUGUUUUACUCAAUAAGAGUUGCUGAGUAAAUGUCAAACACUGUAAAACGCAUUCAACGUUACACAUCGAUCAUGUCUCUAUUUAAAGACUAAAAGGCCUGAAGAACAAAGAUGAGAUGAGCACUUUUUCCUGACAUUCUUCCACGCUGCAAAAAUAACCAAAAAACUGGAUUAACAAUGAGAGACUAAUGUGACGGAGACUAAAACCAUCUCCAAAUCAAGAGACUUUAUUCCUACAGUGACAAUUCAGACUCAACAUGAUGAACGGAAGCAGAAACAAACCAUUCGGUUUUCCAGUAGCUUAUGAUUUGGGUGAAUCUCAUAAAGAAAUGUCCAGGUCAUUUAGAAAUAAGCAAUUAGAUGUCGAACAAAUAAAUUACCACAAACAAUUGUGACUGUAUUUUCAUAACAAUCAAGUAUACCCCAACAUUUGAACAAAUGGAUAUAUAGUUGCUCAAAUAAAUAAAAUAGUAAAUUAGUUUUUUUUUUUUGUUAUAUUGUUAUUAUUUGUUGCUUAUUAGACUUACACUUAUAUUGGUUUAUAUUUCUUGUUAUAUAUAUAUAUAUAUAUAA